AUGUUGGAACAGGAGAAAUUACAUUAUUCCGUUAUCGCGCUCUACAUGUCAACACUGAUAAGCCAAGGAGCCUGUCUCGAGGCUGCCAGUGCCGGCUUCGUAAUGGCGGCAAACGCACCGGUGGAUGCGGCAGGCGCGGCCGCCGCAGACGCUGAAAACGGAGCAGUGACAAGAAGAGUAGACGCUGUAGAAGCCGAUGCGGGAAGAAGAGAAGGAGCAAGUAAGCCUGUUGACGGGCCGUUUGAAAUCUCUGCAAGUGUAGAUGGAGUGGCAACUCCAACAGUCGCUCCGCUGGGCGGCGGAGAUGCUAUGGAGGAGGCCUUGUGCCAACUGGGACCCUUCGGACCUUACCAGCGUUACGUGCUGACCUUACUAUGCCUGCCCAAUCUCCUAGCCGCUAUUUACUCCCUUAACUACGUGUUCGUCGCUGAUCAGGUGCCCUUUAGAUGCCUGGUGCCAGAGUGCGAAGGCCUGGGGGGCGAUUUCGGCAAUGCGUCGGUGCAGGGGCUCCUGGCGGUGGAUCCGUGCCGCCGGUUUGCGCCCCCGGACGAGGGGGCGACUUGCUCCCGGGAGGACUACCACCCCGUCGACACCGUCGAGUGCGACGCCUUCGUUUAUGCGGACCACAGCACCAUUUACGCUGAGUUCGGUCUUGCUUGCCGGGAAUGGCUUCGAACUCUGGUCGGCUCGGUGCGCAAUGCCGCGCUACCGCUAGCACUACUACUCACCGGUCAUGUAUCCGACAGAUGGGGCAGACGCACGGCCUUUUGCAUAUUCUCCGCUUGCGCUGGAGUCAUGGGCCUCCUGAAGUCCUUCUCCGUCGGGUACCACAUGUAUGUAAUCUUGGAGUUUCUGGAGGCGGCCCUUGGCUACGGCUUCGGCAGCGCCGCCUACAUAAUGGUGGUGGAGCUGGCGAGGCCGUCUCUGCGCGCGCCGUUCGCGUGUGCCACGGGCGUGGCGUACGGCGCGGGGGGCGUGCUGUUCGCGUGGCUGGCGUGGCGGCUGCCACACUGGCGGGCGCUGCUGAGGGCGGCGUACGCGCCGGCGCUGCUGCUGCCCUUCUACUGGCGGCUGGUGGACGAGAGCCCGCGCUGGCUGCACGCCACUGCCACGCCGGCGCGCGCUGCCGACGUGCUCCGCAAGGCCGCGCGCUGGAACAAGGUGACGAUUAACGAGGAACUCCUCAAAUCGAUCGCCGCCGGGAAAAGAGUGGAGGAGAGGCAGUCCGUCUCCUGGCUGGAGCUGGUGCGUUCGCGGGCGAUGGUGGUCCGGCUGGCGGUCUGCGGCUGGUGCUGGAUAGCGGCCGCGUUCACGUACUACGGGCUGACGAUAAACUCGGUGUCCCUCUCUGGCGAGAAGCACGUCAACUUCGCGCUGAACAUGGCGAUGGAGAUCGUCGCGUCGCUGCUCAUCAUGAUGGCCCUGGAGAGGUUCGGGAGGAGGAGGAGCAUCCUCGCCUCGUUCGCCCUCUGCGGUGUCGCUUGCGUCACCCCGCUCUUCGUGUCCCACUUCAGCGCGAGCCUGUGGCUGUACUUCGUGGGCAAGCUGGGCGCCACGGCGGCCUUCAACUCGCUGUACGUGUACACGGCGGAGCUGUUCCCCACGCGCGUGAGGAGCCGCGCCCUCGCCACCUGCUCACUGGUGGGCCGCGUGGGCUCCGUGCUAGCGCCGCAGACCCCACUACUGAGCAAGCCGGUGCAGACCCUCCUCUACGGGGGCUGUGCCCUCAGCGCGGCUCUGGUACUCCUCGCCGUGCCGGAGACGCGUCGCACUCCGCUCCUGCAC